AUGUCACCGAAGAAGAUCGCUCGCAAGUAUUAUCUCUACUUCAGCAUUGAGCCUGCCGUAUUGGUUGCCAUGCGCGACGUGGAUGGAAAGGUACUGCUACACUAUGCAGCUUACUUCGGGCUGUUCAAAGAUGUCGAAUGGCUCUUAGAGAAGGGAGCGCAGGUAGAUGUCUACGACCAGAUGUCCAUCCAAGACUUUCGCUUCACGAUCAUGGAUCCUCCCAAGCAAGACCUCUGGGCUCAGAUCCAGGAG